GAUUUGACAGUUGUUCGUUCUGCAGUUAUCGUGUUUUGUUGGUUUUGAAUAAUUUCCAAAAUGAUUAACGUAAUAAAUACAAUCGAUACCGGCCAUGAAGAUAUGAUACACGACGCGGAACUUGAUUACUAUGGACUUAGGCUAGCAACAUGUUCCUCCGAUAAUUCUGUGAAAAUUUAUGAUAUCAAAAGUGGUACUCAAACUUUAGCUGCUGACUUGAAGGGUCAUUUUGGUCCCGUAUGGCAAGUUGCUUGGGCCCAUCCUAAAUACGGUAAUUUAUUGGCUUCCUGCUCCUACGACCGCAAAGUUAUUAUAUGGAAAGAGGCAGGAGAAUGGACAAAAUUGUAUGAAUAUGCUGGUCACGAGAGUUCUGUCAAUUCCGUUGCCUGGGCUCCGGCUGAGUAUGGAUUGAUUUUGGCUUGCUGUAGUUCCGAUGGUUCUCUAUCUAUCAUAACAUAUAUACAAGACAGUGGAAACUGGGAUGUCAAAAAAAUCCCUGCUGCCCAUGCUAUCGGAGUGAACUCGAUUAGUUGGUGUCCAGCUAUAUCAGCCGAUCUGAAUUUAGAUCCUCUCAGUAAUAAAGACGCACCCAAAAGAAUAGUCACUGGUGGAUGUGACAACUUGAUCAAGAUAUGGAGAGAGCAAGGUGACCAAUGGAUAGAAGAGAACCGCUUGGAAAUGCAUAUGGAUUGGGUAAGAGAUGUAGCCUGGGCUCCCUCUCUUGGCUUACAACGGUCUAUGAUUGCAAGUUGUUCUCAAGAUAAAAGAGUUGUUAUAUGGACCAGUGAUGACAAUGUCUCUUGGACACCGACAAUCCUCAACACCUUUGAUGAUGUUGUUUGGAGUUUAAGUUGGUCAUUAACUGGAAAUAUUUUGGCAGUGUCUGGAGGAGACAAUAAGGUUAGCCUCUGGAAAGAAAGUGCAGACGGUCAAUGGUUAUGUAUAAGUGAAGUUGCUAAAGGAUUGGGGCAAGCACCUAAUGAAGAGAGAAGCACACUUUAAUUGCAAUUAUUAAUAAAUUAUGUAAUAUGAUUUAGUUUGUACAUUUGAUAACUUUAAUAAAUUCUUUAACUAUU